AUGAUGUCAGAAUAUACUUGGUUUGAAGGAAUAGCUUUUUCUGACAAAGUGGUUCAAAAAGAAAUUUUGGAAGAUAUCCGUAAUAAGUUUGUGGUGAAAGAAGAAGACUUAAUCAUGUUGACAUACCCCAAGUCAGGAACACACUGGCUGAUUGAGAUUGUCUGCUUGAUUCAGACCAAGGGAGAUCCCAAGUGGAUUCAAUCUGUGCCCAUCUGGGACCGAUCACCCUGGCUAGAGACUGACUAUGGAUAUCCUUUAAUAUUCAACAAGGAAGGACCACGGCUCUUCAGCUCCCAUCUUCCCAUCCAACUUUUCUCCAAGUCUCUCUUCAGUUCCAAGGCCAAGAUGAUCUAUGUCAUCAGAAAUCCAAGGGAUGUUCUUGUGUCUGCUUAUUUUUUCUGGGGUAAGACAAACUUUGUGAAGACUCCAGAGUCACUGGAAACUUAUUUUGAAUGGUUCCUCAAAGGAAAUGUCUUAUUUGGAUCAUGGUUUGAGCACGUCCGUGGCUGGCUAUCCAUGAGAGAAUGUGAUAACUUCUUGGUACUGUACUAUGAAGAUAUGAAAAAGGAUACAAAGGGAACCAUAAAGAAGAUCUGUGACUUCCUAGGGAAAAAAUUAGGGCCAGAUGAACUGGAAAUGGUCCUCAAGUACAGCUCCUUCCAAGCCAUGAAAGAAAACAACAUGUCCAAUUUUAGUCUUGCCAAGAAUGAUUUCAGUACUAAUGACAUAAACCUUAUGAGAAAAGGUACAACUGGGGACUGGAAGAAUCACUUCACGGUGGCCCAAGCUGAAGUCUUUGAUAAAGUAUUCCAGGAGAAAAUGGCUGGUUUCCCUCCAGGGAUGUUCCCAUGGGAAUAAGUUUUCAAAACUUUUAAAUAUAUAAACACUGAUGUUUAUUGUUCCU